AUGCGAGAGAAAGCGGCGAGCGAAGCGGUUGAAAACGCGGUGAGAGAGGCCGAGGAGAAGUGGCGAGCAGAAAUGGAAGAGUUGAGUCGAGCGGCGCGGGCUGACGCGAGGGCACUGAGUUCGUCGCGAAAUAGAGCGGGCGAACUCGCGGCGGAGCUGCGCGAGGCGAAGGCGCUGCGAGACGAGUGGCAGAAGCGAGCAGAGGCGGCAAUGGAAACGAGCGAAGCGACGUCUGAUGCGCUUGAGCGCAUGCGUAAGGCGAUCAUAGAGAGUGAGAAUAUGGGUUUAAGCGAGCGAAGUGUCAAAGACGCGGAGAGGAUUCAAAAAUUGGUCAAGCAGUUGGCGACGACGCAAGAGCAGCUCGCGAUUGCGCAAAGGGAGGUCCACAAACGCGAUUCAGCGCGGGAUAGGCUCGUGUUCGAUGCUCAAAAAGCGCAAGAACGCGUCAAGGAGAUUUCGUCGCGUUUGGCCGAGGUGCAAGCGGAACGCGAACACGCGAAGGAAACCGUUUCUGUCGAACGCGCUGAGAAGGAACGCCUGAACGGUGAGGUGGUAUAUUUAAGAGGCGAGUUGGACCGAAUUCGCUCGGAAAACGAAAAUGAAAUGAGCGAUUUCACAGAUUGGCGCACGCAGACGGAAAAAACGUACAAUCGUGAGCUCAAUCAGGCGCGCAAAGACGCGGCGCGCCACGCGAUGACUGUACGUAAACUUCAGCAAAAAUUGGCGCAAGGCAAGGACGCGAGCGACGCCCGUAAAAUCGCGCAGUUGGAGCGCGAGUGCGCCACCGUUCGUGAGACAGUGCGUGAGUUGGUCACCGAGCGCGACGCGUUGGCGCGACGCGUCCAGGAUUUGACAUCAUUCCGAAGCGACGCUCGGCAUCAAAAGGGCUCUGCGAACGCGCGUCGAGCCGUCGUCGCGCACGACGACGACGAGGUCGACGACAAUAUCGACCCAGGCGCGUUUGGCGUCGACGACGACUUAGAUAUCUCCGGCGAAGACGACGAAGACGACGACAUCUUCAACGAGGCGACCGAAAAUCUCUUCAAAGAAACCGUCGACGAUUUCUUCGAAGACGACGACGCCGAAGACGCCCGCCUCGAAGCCGCGCACGCGCACGCGCACGCCCUCGCCAAGCGCCUACAGUCCAUAGAAUCCCGCGCCGUGGCAUUCCUAGGCGCCCGCGACGAUUUCUUCGAAGACGACGAUUUGUAA